CGUGGUUCUUGCUGUUUAUUUUCUCCUCAUAAUUUUCAACGCUUUUCUCUUCUUUCCUGAGUUUCUUCUCCAGAGAGAGAAAGAAAUUCAGGAGUUAUUCAGAAACCCUAAAUCCCUUUCUUGAUCUCUCUAAUUAAUCAUUCAAAUCGAUUCAAUCAGUCCUCAAAUUCUUCUUGCUAACAACUUAACUUAGAAAUUCAUUGUUCCUUUCUCGGAUUUUCUUCUUUGGCACACAAAGAUGUUAUCUGUUUGAGUUUUUUAGGCUUUUUUUCCACCAAAAGGUCACUUAGAAAGAACACUCUGUAUUUAAUCUUCUUACGAUUACUUCAAUUUGUUCUUAUGGCGAUCCGGAUGACAGUUUCUUACUCUGGUUACCUAGCACAAAACUUAGCUUCGUCGGCUGGAAUUCGUACAGGAGGUAAUUGUAGAUUGUUUCAUGAGUUAUUUGGUAAAUCUCGAAAUCUGAUACCCAAUCCGAAACCAGAUGUUGAUUCAAGUAAGAAUUUACAAUCUGAUUUUGUUAAAUUUAAGUAUAGAAAUUUGCCAAAGAAACCAGUUUCAAUGUAUAGUUCGCUUGCUGGAGAUCUUUCUGGUUGUUCGGAGUUUGAGUCUCCUUUGAUUGUUGGUAUGAUUUCGAUGAUGAAAUCAUCUAUCUCUGGGUCUGCUGGUGUUGGGAUUUUGGGGGUUUCUUCUAAUUCCUCUUCUGCUAUGCUUGGAUUUAGUGGUGGGUCUUCUUCUUCAUUGUUAUCAUUUAUUCAAGGAACAACAAAAAAAUUCUUUCCUAGUAACGAAGGUUUAGUUAAGAAGGAAGGUUUAGCUAUAGUUGAUGAGGUUGAUGAUAAAGGUGGUACAAAUACAAUUGUUGAUGCUAUUGCUUCUGAAAUUACUUCUGAUUACAAAGAUAUGAGAUUCACAAGAGAGGUUUGUGGAAAAACCAUGGAAAACAAUAAAUGGUACGGGAAAUUAGAGAAUUUUUGGGCGGAAGAUGUCAAAGCUAUAUUUACAGCAUUGAGUGUGAAUUUGCUUUUCCGAUCUUGUAUGGCUGAACCAAGAUCGAUUCCCUCCCUUUCAAUGUAUCCUACACUUGAUAUUGGUGACAGAAUUUUAGCAGAAAAGGUUUCGUAUUUGUUCAAGAAGCCUGAAGUUGCUGAUAUAGUGAUCUUUAAAGCUCCUCCUGCAGUUUUGCUUGAUAAAGUGUUUACUUCUAGUGAUGUGUUUAUCAAGAGAAUUGUAGCUUUGGAAGGAGACUAUGUCGAAGUUCAUGAUGGGAGACUGUUGCUGAAUGGAGUUAUCCAAGAUGAGGAUUUCAUUUUAGAGCCUAUUGCCUAUGAAAUGGAUUUAGUGUAUGUGCCUCGUGGAUAUGUGUUUGUGUUAGGGGAUAAUCGCAACAACAGCUAUGACUCCCAUAACUGGGGUCCACUCCCAAUCAAAAACAUACUAGGCAGAUCAAUUCUUCGUUACUGGCCUCCUGCCAGAAUAUGCAACACUGUGUGUGAAGCACCUACAGAAAAGAGCUAUGUGGCAGUUUCUUGACCCAGCACCAACUGUUGCUUCAGUUGUGUUUUAUAACGAGAAUUCACUGCCUGGAAACUUCGAAGGGUCUCGGGCAACUUUUAUCCUGAACCUGAUCCAGAAGAUUUAUCCCAGUGUUUUUUUCCCUUGUUUGUUGUAAAUAGUUGGAUAUUUUCAGGCAACUUCUUGAAUACGCUAUACUGGGAUGCUUUGUAUACCCCAUUGCAUUCAAGGUUGUCAGCCUGAGAUAUUUCGCCCUUGAUAUUUACUCAAGUUUUGAAAAUGGCCCAACAGAAGUUGUGAAUCAAGUUGUUCUCUUGACUGUACUGUAAUGAAAGUCUGUUUUAAAGGUUGCUCCACUGGGCAACCGAUCA